UAGUUCUAUCUGUCAAAACAAUUUUCUCUUGAUCCCUACUAUGUAUAUAAAAUAGAACAUCAAGCAGAUUUCUUAUAACAAUAAUGUAAAUAUUAUUCUCAUGACAUAGUUUUAUGUUGAGUAGGAAGUAAAAUAAUUAGGUAGAGAAAGAGUAAUAACAAAUAAGAAGUGGAAAAGAGCACUCCAAUGGAGCCCAAUCUGGAUGCCCAGGAAGAAGCUGGACCGUCCACAUCGAGUACUGUGCAACAUGUGGAUGUUGACCCUCUGCCAAUGGGAGCGGCUGAUUACUUGUUCAGCCGAGAAACACUUCAUGACUGUCACUUCAGAGUGGGAAACGCUGAAGACAUACCUGUUGAGACUCUGGGUGCUGUGAAAGCUAUGCUUCUAGCGCACAGUCCUGUGUUCCGCAACAUGCUUCAAGAAAGUGAUCUCCGUGAAGACACGAGGAAAAUUAUCAACCUACCAGACGUUCACCCUGAUGCCUUCAAACUUUUGCUGAAGUAUGUGUACAACUCGUUGGACGAACCUUUAGACUUGUCCCGAGACAUGGCGAUGAAGCUUUUCUUCGCUGCUGAUAAAUACCUGAUAGAGCCCUUGCGCAAGAAGGCGAUUAACCAGCUGAUUCCUAGAACGGUUGAUGAGGUGUUUCCCGCGCUAUACUGCCUCACACUCUGCACUACGGGUAUUGACUGCCUCGAGAACAUUGUGAAAACAGUUGUGCAAACGCGGACAACGGAAAUCUUCAACUGUCAACAGUUUCUGGAGCUCAACUCAGACUGUUUGGUGUUCAUUCUGAAACAACCCAUUCUCAACUGUAGGGAAGUGGAAGUGUGGAAAGCUUCUGUCAAGUGGGCAGAACAUCAAGGUCAAACCAGUGAGGGCCAAGUUCUCCGACAGAUUCUUAAAGAACCACUGAAAUACAUAAGGCUGUGUACAAUGACCAACGCACAAGUGUUUAGCGAAGUAGCACCGAAAAACAUACUGACCGAUUCAGAGACUUUGAAAAUCGUAAGAUUAAUCACGACGAAUGACAUGUCUGAAGCGACGGAGAAUGACACAGAUUUUUGCAUGAGCAGAUUACCCCGGAGAAUGAGUGAUCGUCCAUUUAACGUCCCCUCGUGGGGCUCGUACUUUGACCUGGGACACAAAAUGUAUGUUGGCGACGAAAAAGGAUCAGGCUGCCGGUUGGAUAUCAGCGAUUACGCGAUCACCCUCAAGUCCAUAGCCUGCCGAGGGAAAAAGAGCCCUUUCAGUGAAAUAGACUUUUUAACGAGCACUCGCAAGUAUCGAUGCGUUUGCAAGGUGAUUUUGAGCAUCUACGACAACGAUGUGUUGAAGGAAGUGUGUGUGAUUGACUUUGACCAAGAAGUGAACUACGAGGAGGAGUUUAUCAUCUUGACCAUGUACCAGGGCAAUUACUGGAAGCUGGCUUGUAAACAUGUGUACAGGAUACAUCUGGAGUUCCGUGAACCACAUCCCAGAUGGUGUUCCAAUCUGAGGGAUGGUGAGCCGCUGUGCAGUGAACACCAUUUUGACGGAGGUUGGCUGGAUUGUUACUGGAGUUGUAACCACAUUGUCAGGCUCCACUACACUCGUCACUCUAGCAAUCGACCAAUACCCAUGGUAUUGAUGGGUUUAUAUGAUCGACCAAUGGUAUAGCUACAUGGUACAGUAGACCCUCUCUUAACUGACACAUGAUCAACCGGUGAUUUUAGUUGCCUCCUCGGACAAAAAAAGAGGUCGGUUUAUCCGCUGUGAAUAGUUAAUCCGGUUGGCUUUAAGGAACUUUUCUAUCACUUAAAAGAUUUUAGUCCUAUCUUAAUGAAGUAGUGUAAUAGAAUAGAAUCGUGUCCAUGCAGUGCUAUUUUUUUAUAAACUAGAUGUUUUCAAGUAUUUUUUAUGGCAUUUGUACAUAAAAUCAUGUAAAUAGUUUUAAUGCAAAAAUGCAUGUAUGUAAAAGUUAAAAUUCAACUUUGUGUUUUUUUUCCUAACAUAGCUUCUCUAUUUUGAAAAGUAAAUUGCAGUACUGUAGUAUAGAAGAGACAGAUUACCUUUGUACAGUCAAGUAAAACACUACAGAUCCGUCACAAAAAAAAUAUUUUUUCAUUGUUGCUUGUGAACAUUAUUAGAAAAUAUUCUAAAAUCAAGUUUCUAAAUACGGCAUUGAGUUACAUUUAUGUCUACAGAGUAUUGCUCAUGUUUACAUAGUCUAGGCCUACUGUUCUAAUAUUUAGUAUAUCUGUGCAAAGCCUGGUGAGGGGGCUGUUAAGAGAGGUUGCACUGUCCAUACUUACAGACAUAUUAAACUAUACCAUGUAUUUAUAGACACUUUUAAAAUGUCAGUUCAGCAAUCAUUUUAAUGUAUUAGAAAAUUAAGACUCAUUCUGGAAUAAUGAACCCUUUGUGCUUAGUCGAGGCGAAAUAGUUUUAUUAUCAGUCGUCUCUGUUGUACGCUUUAUUGGCUCAGCAGCUACCUUAGCGUCUUCUUCCCACUUACUUGAAAUCAUUUAAGUUUCAAAUUUAUCACUUGAUUUUUUUCAUAUAACAUGCACAAUAGUAAUACAUUGUAAAUGCUAUUCAUUUUUUAUGUAUCAUCUGUUAUUUAAUGUACUAUCUGUUAUUAUCUGGGAUUAACUGCCAUCAGGCAUUCAAAACUGUUAUUUUUCAUUGUUUUUCUAUGCAAAACUACAGAUAUAAAUGAAAUAUAUGGAAAGUCUAAAACAUAUAGUGUAAAGCAUAUAAAGCGACUAAACAAUUCCCGUCUCAAAUCUUUAUCGGAGGUGCUAUGCCUUAGCCGUUGUACCUAGUCCAUUUUCACAUGUACAUCAGAUUACCAAGCUCUGAUAGAAAUGAAUAAAUUGUUCAAACCCAACGACAACUAAAUGAUGGAAUGUAAACCUUCAAUAUUAGUUUCACCUACUCACGCCAUACAAGUAGUUUAGUUUUAUGCAGCAAUUAACCUUAGUUUGCUGCUAUCCUCGAAUGUCUUUUAUUUCCUCCUGAUGUAGCCCAAAGUCUCAGUAAUGUACUUUAAUACUUUUUUUAUGAAAUGGCGACCAUACAUAGUAGGUAUUUUAAGCCAAGUAUGAAUGGGGGUGAGUGGCGCGAUCUUGUAGUCUUGUGAGUAACAGCCGACAUUCCUUAGACACAGCUGCAACUCCAAGUAUCGGAAUUAAUUGGGCCCGUAACACAUUCGCAAGAUUAAAAAAUUGGAUUUUUACCAAAAUUUGUGAUAUUUUAAAGAAACUAGGCCAAGUCAAGCCAAUCUUUUACUAUUGCAAUUGCAGGAUACAUCUGCAAAUAUUUUUCAAUUUCAAAAAAAUCAUUCACCGCGUGGACGAUGAUGAUGUCUUCAAGACUGAGAAAGAUGUUCUAGAUUUGGCCGGGAUCACAGAAAUAUGUCAAGUGUCCAUUACUGCGGGAGACAGUAAUCAUGGCUACUUGACUGCGGGAUAGAUUUUUCAUUUUGCCGCAGUCACGGAAGACGAUGUUUCUAUGUUGACGUUUCCAUGAAUGCAAGAGAUGAUGAUGAUUUCUGCUAAACCACAGAAGGUGUGAAAGAUUUUGCAGCCAUUGCAAAAACCGUUGACGAUGUUUUUGUGACUGCGAGAGAACUUUAUAAUAU